UAAAAAUGAAAGCACGUGCUGCAGCUUGUACUCUCAAACUUUAUGGCUUUGUAAACGCAAAACACUAAACAAAGAUGUUAUUGGUUUGUAAUCAGAGUUCUAGUAGCGGCGCUGGAUUAAAUCCUAUACCGUUGAAAAACUUACGUUAGUGUCAUUUCUACUUUAAUAUUUUUAUACUUAUCUAUAAAUCUAAUUUUGGGACUGUGGUUAUCACUUUUGGGCGUAAGGUUAUGGGUUUAUAGAAGGAUUUGCAAGGGAGUUCAUUCAAGGGAUUACCUACCUACUACUAUGUUAAAAGAAUCCUUGAAUUAAAAGUUAGAUAGAAGACAACGGAAUAAUGUAUAAUGCUCUAUAAGAUUAGUAUAUCAUUUAUAGGACUAUUAAUUAUUCAUGGUUCAACAUGUUCCCGGAUUGUAGACACGUAUACACAAGCUCUGAAUCUGUCGGAUUACUGUCCCAGGAUAGGGGAAUGCGGGGAAGGAUCGCAUGUGAUGUGCCUAUAUAAUUCAGCCAGAGUAAUGGGACCUGCCUGUUUGGAUUUCUUAACAAAUAUAUCAAUCACUCCAGACUAUGCUAAUCUCAUACUAACUAUUACUAAUAGAAUCCGCAGUAAGAUCGCAAACGGGCAAGUCAAAACUACGAGUGGUGAACCCUUCCCUAAGGCCUACGGCAUGGUUAGAGUCCUUUGGGACGAGGAACUGGCAACAUUUGCACAAGUCUGGGCUAACCAAUGCACUAUGCAUAAGGAUAUGUGUAGAUCUAGUAAAAGAUUUCCCUAUGUUGGUCAAGCACUCGGUAUGAUGCGUCUAACGUUGGACGACUGGAUGCCCAUACACAAUCGUGAUUUCAAUGAAACUGUGCUUACGCCAGCGAAAGUGAAGUACGCCCUCAAGCAAGUGAUGAAAGCAUGGUGGAAGAUGAAGGAAGAGGUAGACCCUAAUAGCAUCAAGAUGUUGAACCAUUCGAAAGCAGCUGUUAUUCAUGAUAAUAAGUUUUUGAAUUUAAUUUAUGGUCCCCUCACCCACAUUGGCUGCGGAAUUUCUGUUUACAAAGAAUUCGCUCACAAGGACAAUAUGGCUGGCUUAUUUUUUAAUUGCAUUCAAAUUGUCUGCAAUUUUUCUUCACGACCGAAGUUCGGAGAGCCAAUUUACACGGUAGACCCUCCAAAGAAACCUGGUUACACCACACGAUGCGGUUGUCCUGUGGGCUAUGACGAAGACGAGGACUGUCUGUGCUAUGAGACUGGCAGAAAGAUGCCAUACUCAUGUAAGGACAAGGAUCAAUGCAAGCCUCCAGUGGUAGUUUUGCCAAUUUUUACCGUCGAGGAUGCUCCGUCUCCAGGCAUCGGGAAGAAAAGUUCUAUAUUGAGGGCUUCUACAAUGAGCAACGCUAUUUUUGAUCGCUUCGAUACAUUGAAUAAAAGACAUUUGUCAAGACAAAAACCAAGCAUAUUUUUAAGGGCUGGAAGGUUUGAGUUACCAGUUAAAAAAAGAAAACAAGCCCAGGAAUUUAAAAAAGACGUGGCACCUAGAAAAGAUUUUACAAAUGUUAAAAAACUCGUAUCUAGCUAUUUAGAUACAAAGAGACAUGGAAAACCGUUUGAUUCGGAUUUUCAUAGUGAUGGAUACAUAUCACAUAGACCAGCCAUCUACAGUGAUUAUAAUAAUGCGACAAAAGAAAAAUUAGAUGAAAAUAAAAAUGAUGUUGCAAACAUUAAUCAAAAGCUUACUUACAUCAAUCGUUUUAAUAUAACCAAAGAUGAAUUAAAACAAAAAAAUAUAAAUCCACCAAUAGGGGACGAUGUAAAACUUAUGUUCCUUUUGGAUAAACUGGAAGAAGAAGUGAAAAAUAUAGAUUUGAACACAAACGAAAAAGGAAUAUUUGAUCAGAAAAUCCGCAAAAUAUAUGAGAGGCUUGUUGGUAAACUUGAUUUAGCUGAUCAGAAGUUUAAGUUACUAAGCAAAGAUUCGAUUAACGAAACAAUUACUGAUAACAUUAACUUUACUAAUAACUUAUCUGAAAUUGAUCACAUGAAUGUGGACAAAUAUGGUUUAAAUUUAAAUAUACCCAAACACAAAUAUCGUGAUUUUGAAAAUUACAACUCUGUUACUAACUAUGAAAAGAAAUUGGAAGAAAUGCAAGGUAAUAAAUUAUUUAAGAGUAAAGCAAAACAAAUCUUUAACAGUGAUCUAAAGAGUUUACGUGAUAAUGUCGAAGGAAGAAGAUUCCGAAAUUUACAUGGCGUUAAAGGAAACCGUAAUAACCACAAAAGUCGUCAUUUAAAAUAUAAUAGCGAUGAAUUCUAUCCACUUGACAAUGAAAGAAGAAGAUAUUACCAUCAAAAGUUAGUAAGUUUACAGAAAAAGAUCAAAAAUAUGAAAAGAAGUGGUCUUCCAAAAGAAGUUCACGAGGAUCGUCAUAUCAGACCAGUUCGUCCAACAAAGCAAGAAAACCAGCGUCGCAGAAGACCAAAUGAUCACGUCAAUUCCUACUACAUGCCAGACCGAGCAAGAUUCCUUCAUGGAUUUUGAAUAAACACUCAGACUCCUUCAGUU